AUCAGAUUGGAAACACCAAUCGAAAGUGAAAACAUCUUAAUUUUGAUAAGUUGUAUUUUCAACCCAUAAGUGUUCAUAAGUUUAGUGAAGAGUUUGAAAAUUUGAAAAUGUCAGCAUUACGGUGGGGAAUAGUCAGCGCGGGAACCGCGGCCCACGACUUUGCCUGUGCCGUGUCGACACUUCCGGAAGCUGAUCACAGGGUGGUGGCUGUGGCCGCAAGGGGCUUGGAGAAUGCCCAAAAGUUUGCAGAGCUGCAUGGGAUUGGAACGUUCUACGAUGGAUACGAGGCGCUGGCUUGCGAUCGGAAUGUUGAUAUCGUCUACAUCGGUGCCGUGACCAGCAACCACUACGAGGUCGCCAUGGCCAUGCUGGACGCCGGCAAGCACGUUCUCUGCGAAAAACCUCUUUGCGUAAACGAGGGCCAAUCCAAAGCCCUGCUGGGGUACGCCCGCGAACGUGGCCUGUUCUGCAUGGAGUCCAUCUGGUCCCGGUUCUUCCCAAGUUAUGCGCACGUUCGGGAGCGUAUCCGACGUGGAGAUCUGGGUGAAAUCCAGCGCGUUACCAUCGAGCAGGGCCUACGCAUCAGCAACGUCGAGCGGAUCCGGAUGGGUCGUUUAGGAGCUGGAAGUAUCCUUGAUUUGGGCGUGAACACCGUCCAGCUGGCACUGUGGACGUUCCAGAGCUAUCCGAAGGAGAUUGUCGUUACGGGAGGCGUGGAGGCAGAACUGAAGGUCGAGUUGCGGUUCAUCAACGGAGGAGUGGCAUCGAUCCGAACCAGUGGCAUACAGAAUCUGUCCAAUACGGCGGUCAUCUCUGGAGCCCAUGGUAAAAUCACGCUGUACGACUUUUGGUGUCCGACGGAGCUGACCGACCUGGACGGAACGGUUCGGUCGUAUCCGCUGCCCAGCUCGAAGAUCGAGUGUAUCCAGAAGAACGGGGAAGGGUUGCGGUUCGAGGUGGAAGAGUGCCGCAAGCGGGUUCUGGCCGGGGACGUCGAGUCGCAAACGGUGCCCCACGGGGACAGCUUGGCGAUCGCCCGGGUGCAGGAUGCGAUCCGGAAGCAGCUCGGCGUGGAGGAAGUUGAGGAUUAUGUUUUUAAGCCGUAAAAAUGUUGUGAAAGGUUUGCGAAACCAGCUGAUACCUCUUAGUUUUAAUGUUAAUUGAUGAUGAUAAAUUUAAGUCAACAUUUUUUUACUG